AUGACACUGUACUAUAGUCUUGUAUUUUGCCUCUUAGUUUUCGAGAUGGCGGUCUUCAUGGGCCUCAUCCUCCCGCUUCCUUUUACCGUCAAGCGAAAGCUCUUUACGUUCAUUUCGGAAAGCCCGGUUGUCGCCAAACUCCAGUAUGGUCUCAAGAUUACUUUUAUUUUCAUCCUGAUUCUUUUCAUCGACAGUGUCAACCGGGUGUACCGUGUGCAGCUUGAGCUGGCCUCUUUCCAUAAGGAAGGUGGCGGUAUGGCAGCUGCUGCCCUCGGUACCGAUCGCAUGGAAAUACAGGCACGCAAAUUCUAUUCUCAGCGUAACAUGUAUCUCUGUGGCUUCACCCUCUUCCUCUCUCUGAUUCUUAACCGCACCUACACCAUGAUCCUGGAAGUGCUCCGCCUUGAAGAGAAGGUCAAGCUCCUCGAGAGCGAGAAGAAGUCCGGGGCCAAGCAGGCCGUGGAAGCUGGUGAGGUUGCACGACUGAAGAAGCAGCUGGAGGGCAAGGACCGUGACCUAGAGACCCUGAAGAAGCAGUGUGAGGGGCUUACUCGUGAGUAUCACAGCCUGGGUGACAAGGUCGCUGGUGAGAAAGAUGCGACCUCCAAGAAAGACCUAUAA